GCGACAUAUUCUGUAGAGUGGUUUAGCUUGAAUUAUCCACCAUCUUUGUUGCAGGAUACACAUUUUACGUAGCGUCAAAGAUGGUGGAUAGUUAAAACAUUGUCUGUGGUACUCGUCUCGUAUGUAUUGUUAAGUCCAGAAAUCACACAAUUACCAAGCUAAAGCUUGUUUUUACGGUUUUAGUUUUGUGAUAAUGACGUACUGUAAAACUAAUUAGGGGAUGUCGACUUGUGACACUUUUCAGAAACAAGUAGCCUCCAUCCUGGAGACAGUCGCCAACUCUGCUGUGACAGAAGUGAGCAAAUUUGUUAAUGUUGGUUCCUCCACUGAGUUAGUUGUUGAAGAAUCUGCGAUUUCGGCUGGAAAUGAAGCGCAGACAAUAGCAUUACUGUCGACGGCGUCCGAAGCUAAGACGGCACAGUUUGCUUCUAGUAUGGAAACACUGGCUAAAGAAGCGGUGAACAAAAUCUGCAAACUGGCCGUCGAAGAGUCGGCAGUUUUACGUUUGGAAGUGUCUCAGAGUCAUAAUGAGAACGGUGACCUCAAGAGGAAGUUGGAGCUGAUGGAGCAGGAGCUUAGGACUGUGCAAGAAGCUGGGGUGGGAGAGAGACCUCUAAGCACUCGCUCUGUUGGAGUGCAGUUUGCAGAUAUGGAACAAGAUGGGAAUGUAUUGGUCAUUGUCAAGGAAGAGACGGUUGAAGAUAGUGGUGACGCACAGCAAGAAUUUGAGAUCAGUGAAGAGGGACGAGGAGAGCCAAGUAAGAGAGAGGAACUUUCAACUGAGAAUGGUGUGGAGACAUCUUUAAAGGUUGCACAAGGCACAGAGGCACAAUCUAUUGCAGAAGAGCCAGGUGCAAAUAUUAAAGAUCCAAAUAGAAAUGCAAAGAGGAACCAAAAGGCCAGGUCUAGCAAAGGAAGAAGCUGGCUCGGUUCCACAAAAACCACACGGACUUUCAGCAAGAGACUCAUUCGUAAAACGCCAAAGGCCCUUGCACUGGAGAAACCUUUUAGCUGCCCUCAUUGUGAUAAGGCCUUCACAAUGAAACGUGGUCUUGACCAACAUCUCUUAGUUCACACUGAGAAAAAGUACAACUGCCUUAAGUGUGGGAAGAGCUUCACCCAGAAACAUAAUCUUAAAUCACACCAGUUUGUCCAUACAUCAGAGAAACCAUUUAGCUGUACACAUUGCGGGAAGGGUUUCACUGUAAAACGUAGUCUUAAGGUACACCUGCUUAUUCACACAGGUGAGAAACCGUACACCUGUGUUACUUGUGGAAGGAGUUUCCGGCAAGCUAGUUACCUUAAAAUACAUGACAGGGUCCACACUGGAGAGAAGCCCUUUACCUGUGAUGUAUGUGGCAAGAGCUUCAGCAUUGCAAAUACACUUAAAACACACCAAAUAGUCCAUACAGGGGAAAAAGCAUUUAGCUGUGAUUUAUGUGGGAAGAGUUUUAGUCUUGCAAUUAAUCUUAAUAGACAUCAGCGAAUUCACACAGGAGAGAAGCCAUUUAGCUGUGAUGUAUGCGGGAAAAAAUUCAGCCAAGCUAAUAAUAUGAAAGCCCAUAAGCAAACUCAUAUAGGAGAAAAGUCCUACACAGAAGAGAAACCUUUUAGCUGUGUUACAUGUGGCAGGAGGUUCACUUACAAAUGUUUACUGAAAAAACACCAGCUCAUGCACACUGGAGAAAAGCCUAAACAAAUUCCCACAGGGAAAACAUGGGACUGUGCCUGUUGUGGAAAGACUUUCAGUUGUUUUUAUUCCCUUAAAACACAUGGGCGGGUUCACACAGGAGAGAGACCAUACAGUUGUGUUAAGUGUGGGAAGAGGUUCAGUCAGACUAGUGCACUGAUAACACACCAGAGAGUUCACACUGGAGAGAAACCAUUUCGGUGUGAUGUUUGUGGAAAGAGUUUCAGCCUUCCAAAUGGUCUUAAAACACACCAGCGCAUUCACACAGGAGAGAAACCAUUUAUCUGCGCUACAUGUGGGAUGAGUUUUGGCUUUGUUGGUAAUCUUAAGAGACAUCAGCGUACUCAUACAGGAGAAAAGCCUUUUACCUGUGACAUAUGUGGGAAAAGUUUUAGUCAAGCAAAUAAUGUUAAAGCUCACCAGCAAAUCCACACUAAAGAAAAACCGUUUAUGUGUGACAAAUGUGGGAAGAACUUUGCUUAUUCACGAAAUCUGAGGGAACACAAAUGUGUUUAUGCCUGAAGAAAACGUCACUGCUCUGAAUGUGACUGGUACGCAUCUUCUGAAAGGGUACAAAUCUCUCAGACCCAAACAUUUCAAGCAUCAGUGGACACCUAUCACCUAAGAAAGGCAGCUAGCUGUAGGUGAUUAUUUGGUUUUAUAUUACACGUAUUUAUGCAGUUCUAAUUUAAGUUAAAGGUGAAAAAUUAAUGUGGAUAAAGUUGUGCGUUUUACUUUGCCAAUGCAUUUUGCAAAGUAAACCACUAUGUCCAGAACUCCUACACUUGACAGUUUUUUGUUACAUUUUCGUACCAUUGUGUCAUUUUGUUCCUGGUAUCAUAUCAAGUGGAAGUGGCUUGUUAGAGGACAUCUCAAUUUUUCUAGUUCUAUUGUUGCAAAUGUGUUUUCCACAUAAAAUAUGCAAUGACAAAAUUAUUAAAUAUUGUGUCCCUCAAUCAAACAUCGCCCAUGUUAUCUUUGUGAAAACUCUUGUAAAAUAAAGGACUAUUACAGAAGUUG